AUGUCUGGUCGUAUUCCAACUCCAAAGCCUGAAUCUAAGCUCGAACAAAUCAAGAAAACUCCAGCUUUCACUAUUGCUCUUAAUGCAACUUUGUUCGCCGCCGGUGUCUUCUUUAUCCAAUCUCCAUUGAUGGAAAUGUUAGUCCCACAAUUAUAA